AUGCUGACUAGCAAAAAUGCACAAUCAUUUCACAUAAAAAUACUAUCUCGGGCAGAAAAGUUUCAGCUAGCAUAUAUAGAAGGAGAGAUCAAAAUGAGAGGUUGUGAUCUGAUCAAGCCAAGAAGAUUUUGUGUACUCUCAGUGGCCACCAUUAUCAGUUCUUUGCUUGCUCUGUUCUUUGUGAUUGAGUUAUUCCAUUUGAAAGCUAUCGAUGAAGCUGGCUCUAAAAGACAAGUCUUUUACAAGGAAAACAGCACCAAUUUUGCUAGGAAGCUACCGCAGUCACCUGACGAAGGAGAUAGGAACCGUAUAGGCACAUCUUGUUCAAAGGAUGACAUUGCUAUAUUUCAAGGCUCAACAGCCCCACUUCCAAAUGGCAUACCAUCAUACACAGUUCAAAUACUCAAUGUGUGUGUCUCUGGUUGUAGCAUAUCCAACAUUCAUGUGAGCUGUGGAUGGUUCAGCUCAGCCAGAAUGGUAAACCCUACCGUUUUCCGACGAAUCUAUUACGACGAUUGCCUUGUUAAUGAUGGAGAACCUCUUGGCCCUGGAGAAACCCUCUCCUUCCAGUAUGCUAACAGUUUUCGGUACCCAUUAUCGGUCUCUUCUGUUGCUUGUUGCUAA